CCACUUUACCGAAUCCGCGCCUCCAUCUCCAUAUGGAAGGGAAAGAAAUGAAUAGCUUCUGUAAUGCGAAAGAGAAGAAGCGUUCCUCACUUAUUUCUCUACUUUAAAUUUCAUUUUCAUCUCUCGUUAUUUCUUCUCAGGAGUGAAGGCAACUCGUAGGGAUGAAUUUCCUCACACCGUUGAAAUCGGUCUUGGAAUUCUUAUGGGAACCUGUAGCACAGCGGAUUGGCUAUGUCAAAAACCUUGAAAGCAAUUUUGAAAAGCUCAAUGACGAAGCACGAGAUUUGUACAAUAGAAGGGACGAUGUGAAACUAGAGAUCCGUAGAAGUAAAACAGAGAAGAUUCCCACGAAUGAAUGCAAAGGUUGGCUUGAAAAGGUUGAGAAGAUUGAAAAUAAGUUGAAUGAAAUAGCAGAAGAAUACAAAGAGGAUAAGAAAUGUCUGAUAGGGUGUUGCCCUGAUGUGUACUCAAGCAUGAAGCUUGGUGAACGUGUACAGAACAUGAUCAGCAAUGUUAUCGAUCUAAAGAAGAAAUCAAAGUUUGAAGGAGGAAUAGUGGUGAAUGCACCACUGGUGAAAGCUGGGAUGAUGCUAGCACCAACAAUAGAAAUAGAAACAUCAUCUGAUCGCACUCUAAAAAACAUAGUACGAUGCAUAGAAGAUGUGAGAAUAAAAAAGAUUGGUAUUUGGGGGAUGGGCGGGGUUGGGAAAACGACGGUCAUGCAAAAUUUGAGAUGCCACCCAACAGUGACAAGAAUGUUUGAAAUUGUAAUUUGGGUAGCGGUCUCAAAAGACUGGAGCACAAGGAAAGUACAAAACCAAAUUAUGAGAAGGCUGAGAGAAAAGGUGAAUGAUUAUGAUCCGGACCAUUUGGUUGCACAGAAGCUAUCUCAAAGUUUGGAGACCAAGAAGUUCUUGCUGCUUCUAGAUGAUGUUUGGGAUCCAGUAGAUUUGGAUUCUGUGGGAAUGCCCUCUCCCUCCAUAGUAGGCAAAGAUUGCAAGGUUGUUCUGACAACUAGAUACCGAAAUGUUUGUCACAAGAUGAGAACUGAUGAGGAGGUUAAGGUGGAAGUUUUGUCACAGGAAGAAUCAUGGCAAUUGUUUCGUAAAGAAGUUGGUGAGGUGGUCAAUCAUCCAAGCAUCGCACCAUUGGCGAAAGGCAUUGUUCAGGAAUGUGGUGGUCUGCCUCUCGCAAUCACCACAGUGGGAGGAGCCUUGAGAGAGGAAGACAAUGUUCACGUGUGGAGUAAUACACUAACAGAACUGAGAUCUCCAGCAACAUCUUGGAUAGAAGAAAUGGAGGAAGAAGUGUUUAAGCGCUUAAAAUUUAGUUAUGACCGAUUGAAGGAUGGCAACAUGAAGAAAUGCUUUUUGUAUAUUGCAUUGUAUCCUGAAGAUCACAUGAUUAAGGCGAAAGAAUUGAUUGAAUAUUGGAGGGCGGAAGGGUUCCUAGACGGUGCUCGAAACUUGGCCCAAGCACGUGACAAAGGACAUUCUGUAUUGAAAAAACUUAUUGAUUCAUCUCUGUUGAGAGAGUAUCCAAAUGCAGAAUUUAUCUGUGUGCAUGAUGUACUUCGAGACAUGUCACUGAGACUUACAUCCACAAAGGGAGAAGAAUGCAGAUUCUUGGCAAGAGCUGGUGUUGGAAUGGAGGAACCCCCAAUUGAGGAUGAAUGGAAAGAAGCAAAGAGGAUCUCGUUGAUGAAUAAUCAAUUGCUUGGUUUACCGGAGAAGCCAGAAUGCUCCGUGCUCUCAGCAUUGUUGUUACAGGGAAAUGAGUCGUUGACAGCAAUCCCAGAGUCAUUCUUCAAGCAUAUGUAUGCCUUGAAAGUUUUGGAUCUCAGCGGUACCUGUAUAAAGACCUUACCUCCAUCUCUUGGAAACUUGGUCAAUCUUAACGGGCUCCAUCUAAACAACUGCAGAAAUUUGUCUGACCUCCCAUCCCAAGUAGGAGCACUCAAGAGACUUGAAGCGCUUCAUCUUCGCAGCACUAACAUUCAACACGAAGGCCUCCAUCGCUGCCAUACAAGAGGCAUCAAAUUCUUGCCUAUUGAGAUUGGGGAAUUGACUUGCCUUAGGCGUUUGGAGGUGUCAUUUUCUAGAUACAAAGUUGGGAAUGGCAUUCCCGUCAAGGACUUGAUGAUGGCAAUGACUACAGAUGGGAUAUUCUCAAGGUCUUGGAUCAAAGAGGAUGAUGGUAGCGUGUUGAUGUUGGAUGAUAUUGAUAUUGGCAAGCCGCAGAUGAUUCCUGCUGGUGUGUUAUCGAAACUCUUCCUACUGGAAGAGCUGAGGAUCGACGUGCAUCCAGAAGAUAAGCGGUGGAACUCAAGUGUAGCAGAAGCAGUGAUGGCCGUGUGCAGCCUGAAAGAAUUGACUACACUUGAUUUCCACUUUCCAAGAGUGGAGUAUCUCGAACAUUUCAUCCGAAGCAGCCAAUCAUGGAAAAGAGGAUUAACGGAAUUCCGGUUUUUGGUGGGCCAUCAUGUUGCGCAGGGCUACUUCUCAUAUGACACCAAUGAAGAUGAAAGAUGGAACAGAUGCUUGAUAUAUGAAGGUGGUGGAAGUGUGUCCCAGGCAAUUGUGGAGGUACUUAGUUAUGCUGAUGGGUUUCACAUAGAGGGCAAUAACAGCAUUCGAGAGUUAUCAGAAUUCGGCAUGGAAAACAUGAACCAGCUAGCAUUUUGCUUCAUUAGAGAAUGCAAUGAAAUGGUGUAUGUCAUAAAUGGCACCGGCGUCCAAGAAAGUGCAUUGCCAAGCUUAAAAAAUCUCUUUAUCUGGCAUCUGCCUAAGUUGAGAAGCAUUUGGGAGGGGCCAGUGCAGGUUGGCAGCCUCGCGAGUCUUACAGUUUUGCACUUGACAGGAUGUCCCAUGUUGCAGAAGGUUUUCUCGAUGGACAUGGUUCGACAGCUCUCCAACUUGGAAGACCUCUUCAUCAGAGAUUGUUCCUCAAUAGAGGAAAUAUUAGACGACAAGGAAGCAGAGAGAGCAGUUGAUUAUGAUGAUCUACUGCCGAAUCUGUGGACGUUAGAUCUCCGAGACUUGCCUCAACUGACUAGAAUCAGCAAACCAACUUCAUUGUCUUGGCUAUCAUCACCGGCAAUUGAGGUUGAAGACUGUCCAAAUCUAAAGAGUCUUCCAUUUGACAGACAGAAUGCUGAACAACUGCACAAGAUCUUGGUAGGGAUGAAUUUCCUCACACCGUUGAAAUCAGUCUUGGAAUUCUUAUGGGAACCUGUAGCACAGCGGAUUGGCUAUGUCAAAAACCUCGAAAGCAAUUUUGAAAAGCUCAAUGAUGAAGCACGAGAUUUGUACAAUAGAAGGGACGAUGUGAAACUAGAGAUCCGUAGAAGUAAAACAGAGAAGAUUCCCACGAAUGAAUGCAAAGGUUGGCUUGAAAAGGUUGAGAAGAUUGAAAAUAAGUUGAAAGAAAUAGCAGAAGAAUACAAAGAGGAUAAGAAAUGUCUGAUAGGGUGUUGCCCUGAUGUGUUCUCAAGCAUGAAGCUCGGUGCACGUGUACAGAACAUGAUCAGCGAUGUUAUCGAUCUAAAGAAGAAAUCAAAGUUUGAAGGAGGAAUAGUGGUGAAUGCACCACUGGUGAAAGCUGGGAUGAUGCUAGCACCAACAAUAGAAAUAGAAACAUCAUCUGAUCGCACUCUAAAAAACAUAGUACGAUGCAUAGAAGAUGUGGGAAUAAAAAAGAUUGGCAUUUGGGGGAUGGGCGGGGUUGGGAAAACGACGGUCAUGCAAAAUUUGAGAUGCCACCCAAAAGUGACAAGAAUGUUUGAAAUUGUCAUUUGGGUAGCGGUCUCAAAAGACUGGAGCACAAGGAAAGUACAAAACCAAAUUAUGAGAAGGCUAAGAGAAAAGGUGAUUGAUUAUGAUCCGGACCAUUUUGUUGCACAGAAGCUAUCUCAGAGUUUGGAGACCAAGAAGUUCUUGCUGCUUCUAGAUGACGUUUGGGAUCCAGUAGAUUUGGAUUCUCUGGGAAUCCCCUCUCCCUCCAUACUAGACAACGAUUGCAAGAUUGUUCUGACAACUAGAUACCCAAACGUCUGCCAUAAGAUGAGAACUGAUGAGGAGGUGAAGGUGGAAGUUUUGUCAAAGGAAGAAUCAUGGCAAUUGUUUCGUAAAGAAGUUGGUAAGGUGGUCGAACAUCCAAGCAUCGUACCAUUGGCGAAAGGCAUUGUUCAGGAAUGUGGUGGUCUGCCACUCGUAAUCACCACGGUGGGAGGGGCCUUGAGAAAGGAAGACAAUGUUCACGUGUGGAGUAAUACGCUAACAGAGCUGAGAUCUCCAGCAACAUCUUGGAUAGAAGAAAUGGACGAAGAAGUGUUUAAGCGCUUAAAAUUUAGUUAUGACCGAUUAAAGGAUGGAAACAUGAAGAAAUGUUUUUUGUAUAUUGCGUUGUAUCCUGAAGAUCAUAUGAUUAAUGCAAAAGAAUUGAUUGAAUAUUGGAGGGCGGAAGGGUUCCUAGACGGUGCACGAAACUUGGCCCAAGCACGUGAUAAAGGACAUUCUGUACUGAAAAAACUAACUGAUUCAUCUCUGUUGAGAGAGUAUCCAAAUGCGGAAUUUAUCCGCGUGCAUGAUGUACUUCGAGACAUGGCACUGAGACUUACAUCCACAAAGGGAAAAGAGUGCAGAUUCUUGGCAAGAGCUGGUGUUGGAAUGGAGGAACCCCCAAUUGAGGAUGAAUGGAAAGAAGCCAAAAGGAUCUCGUUGAUGAAUAAUCGAUUACUUGGUUUACUGGAGAAGCCAGAAUGCUCCAUGCUCUCAGCAUUGUUGUUACAGGGAAAUGAGUCAUUGACAGCAAUCCCAGAGUCAUUCUUCAAGCAUAUGUAUGCCUUGAGAGUUUUGGAUCUCAGCGGUACCUGUAUAAUGACCUUACCUCCAUCUCUUGGAAACUUGGUCAAUCUUAACGGGCUCCAUCUAAACAACUGCAGAAAUUUGUCUGGCCUCCCAUCCCAAGUAGGAGCACUCAAGAGACUUGAAGCGCUUCAUCUUCGCUGCACUAACAUUCAACACGAGGGCCUCCAUCGCUGCCAUACAAGCGGCAUCAAAUUCUUGCCUAUUGAGAUUGGGGAAUUGACUUACCUUAGGCGUUUGGAGGUGUCAUUUUCUAGAUACAAUGUCGGGAAUGGCAUUCCCGUCGAGGACUUGAUGAUGGCAAUUACUACUGAUGGGAUAUUCUCAGGGUCUUGGAUCAGAGAGGAUGAUGGGAGCGUGGUGAUGUUGGAUGAUAUUGAUAUUGACAAGCCACAGAUGAUUCCUGCUGGUGUGUUAUGGAAGUUCUCCCUACUGGAAGAGCUGAGGAUCGACGUGCAUCCGGAAGAUAAGCGGUGGAACUCAAGUGUAGCAGAAGCAGUGAUGGCUGUGUGCAGCCUGAAAGAAUUGACCACACUUGAUUUCCACUUUCCAAGAGUGGAGUAUCUCGAGCAUUUCAUCCGAAGCAGCCAAUCAUGGAAAAGAGGAUUAACGGCAUUCCGUUUUUCGGUGGGCCAUCAUGUUGCGCAGGGAUACUUCUCAUAUGACACCAAUGAAAAUGAAAGAUGGAACAGAUGCUUGAUAUAUGAAGGUGGUGGAAGUGUGUCCCACGCAGUUGUGGAGGUACUUAGUCAUGCUGAUGGGUUUCACAUAGAGGGCAAUAACACCAUUCAAGAGCUAUCAGAAUUCGGAAUGGAAAACAUGAAUCAGCUAGCAUUGUGCUUCAUUAGAGAAUGCAAUGAAAUGAUGCAUGUCAUAAAUGGCACCGGCAUCAAAGAAAGUGCAUUGCCAAGCUUAAAGAAUCUCUUUAUCUGGCAUCUGCCCAGGUUGAGAAGCAUUUGGGAGGGGCCAGUGCAGGUCGGCAGCCUUGCGAGUCUUACAGUUUUGCACCUGACAGGAUGUCCCAUGUUGCGGAAGGUUUUCUCGAUGGACAUGGUUCGACAGCUCUCCAACUUGGAAGACCUCUUCAUCAGAGAUUGUUCCUCAAUAGAAGAAAUAUUCGACGACAAGGAAGUAGAGAUGGCCGUUGAUUACGAUGAUCUAAUGCCAAAACUAUGGAAAUUAGAUAUUCGAGAUUUGCCUCAACUGGCUAGAAUCAGCAAACGGACUUCAUCGUCUUGGCGAGGGUUGUCGACAAUUGUGGUUGAAGACUGUCCAAAUCUAAAGAGCCUCCCAUUUGACGGACAGAAUGCUAAACGACUGUCCAGGAUCCACGGUGAAAGAGAAUGGUGGAAUACACUCGAGUGGGAAGAUGAGGGCAUCAAGCUACGUCUCCUGCGUAAAUUUUACAGAUUGAGGCCUCUAUGAUUGCGCUAGUGAAAAAUGACUGCAGCUAGGCAGGGUAGAUUUGAGGUAGGAUUCGCCGACCAACCUCAAGAUUGAUGGAUGAAGAUUGAGCUUUGGUUAGAUCAUUCUCUUUGUGAUUUGUUCCCUCCAAGCAUUCCAAUUUCUUGGCCACGACCUCAAAUGGAGCAGUUAGGAUAAUCAUCUUAGACACGGCCUGAAUAAGUCCCAAGUAGCAGCUAGCAGGGACUGUGUGGUAGAGUCGCUCAAUCUUGCUACUAUUUUAAUAUUAGGUUUGCCAAGCAUUGUGGAAUUUUAUUGUUUUCUUUAUUCUACCAACUCAACUCUUCAAACUCUUUUAUGUAUUUAAUUCGUAAUGAACAAUGAGAAGAUAAAUGUUAUUUUCUUUCAAAAAAUUUGCCCUUGAGCACAAGG